UACAAAGGAGUCGCAGGAAGGAGGCUGGAGGCGCAGCGCAGACGCAUUGACGAACACGAACACCUGGAGGUCGUCCUGAGCAAAUCACGCCCAUCCUAGAGGAGGAAGCCUUUCUCUUCAUUCAAUUUACAGUACUCUCAUGAUUUCCACUGAGUUUGCUGUUCAGGACAUGAAGUCUACUUCAGAAACCGAGCCUUUCAUAGGGGAGUCCAUGGGAGGGUUGGGUGCCUCUCUAGGGCAGAGCGAAAAGUUAUAUGAGCGCUUGCGAACGUCCUCUAAAUUUACGAAAUACUUGCUCUCCGUGGUACUCUUUCUACUCUAUACCUUCGCCCUAAUCUUCCUUUCAACAUCCCUCUCGAGACAGACAUCUAAUCUCAAUAACGCUCUAACCGAUCCUCACUUCCGUUUCAAACGUACUCUUACCAUCACUGCUGGCAUGAGUUCAUAUGCGGGCGGACCAGAGGACAAGAUUGACGACGCCUGGCACAACCUCAUGUCUAGCAUCAGCGUCCGUGUCUCUCAGGAGGAACUCGAUCGAAACGGUAACCAUCGAGAGUCCGUUACACUACCAGUGGGCGGGGGGAAUCUUGUAUGGCUAGGCGUGUUUCAUCAAUUGCACUGCUUGAAAAUGCUCCGGAAGCUGAAUUAUAGGGACCAUUACUUUCCCAAUCAGACACAAUCCGAUGCUAGGGACCUUGAAGUCCACAUGAAUCAUUGCAUCGAAAUUCUGCGGCAAGCAGUGAUGUGUAACCCCGACACAUCUUUCACAACUUUUGUGUGGACGCACUCGGAUCCCAAGCCAGUGCUAGAUGUGCGUCGAUUCGAGCGCCAAUGUGUAGAUUGGAACUUUUUCAUGGAAGGAGUGAGGCCCCGAGUGGUGAGCUACGAAGAAGUGGACGAGCUAGUUAAUCCUCUACUCAAAACGCCCACGUCAGAAAAGUAAUACGUAUAUAGCCCGAGUUCGUGGUCAGUCUUGCUGUAAUAGAUCUACGAAGGAAUAUUAAACCAGUCAAAACGUUCAUUAAGAUGUGCUGCAUAUCACUGUUGAUGGGCAAUACUCCAGUUCCUCACAUCUUCCCAGAUCACACACUCAUGCUCCCUUCCAUUUCCAAAGCCUCUGAUGCCACCUAGUGAUGGGUCCACUUCCUCGAUUGUCAAGUCCGCGUUGCACAUGAGCAUUUGGCGCAGAAAGUCAAUACAAUGUCGCGUAUGCCAAUCUGUACUAUAGUCGUCCAACUCAGAGAAGGUUACGUUAUGGCCAUCCACAACUGCAUCAAGAAGGACAUAGUAGGCGUGGCGUAUGGCAUC